CCAAGACACCCCACAGUCAACACUUAAUACUGUGCUGUAAGGCUAGCAGGCUGGCUUUCAACGGGCCACCACGGUAUGCGAUGCCUCCCAAAUACCAUGUAGGUCAACGAGUUUCCUUCUCCAACUCCCCAGGAACCAUUCGAUACAUCGGCCCAGUGGAUGGAGCUGGCAAGGAAAAUGUCCGUCUUGGAGUCGAGUGGGACAACCCUGCACGCGGUAAGCACGACGGAAAGUUCAAGGGCAAGCGAUAUUUUGAAUGUAAGUCAAAUAAGACAAAAAUGUGUGAUAUUUUCUGUAUGCUCUUAUUUCUGAUGUCCUCUAGGCUUGAGUGGAUCACCAACGGGAGGUUCCCUGAUGCGCAUAAAUGUUCUCAAAGAUCCCGAGCAGAGCUUUGUUGAAGCUGUCCAUGAAAAGUAUGACCCACCUGAGGAGGAGGGUACAGAGAAUCAUGUUACUCCAAACGUCAUUUCGGGAAAGGUGGUAGAAGAAGUUGGCUUUGACAAGAUCAAAAAGCAACAAGCUCAGCUUCAUAAGCUGUCUCAUGUUCUGGUCGACGGAAUGCGCAUCAGCUCGGCCGAGACACCUCAUCAGACCAUCAGAGAAACAUGUCCGAAAAUCGUCGAACUCGACCUCAGCCGAAAUCUGUUCGAUGACUUUGAGGUCGUUGUCCGCAUAUGUGGUGAACUCGAUGCUCUUAGGAGUGUGAGACUCAAGUAAUUUCCCUCCCGCAACCUCCAUGUUCUCUGGCUAAUCUCUUCUAGUAACAACAAAUUUCCUCGUCUCAAGAACGAAAAGGCCCGCAAAGAGCUUACGGGAGUUAUUGAACUGGAAAUGAAUGAAAUGUAUAUGCCCUUCCAUGAGCUGAUCAAAAUCGCCAGACUAUUUCCAUCUCUGACAACCCUCACGGCUUGCUCAAAUGCCUUUACGUCCGUUACUUGUCCACUGGAGAUUAAUACCCUGACCUCCCUUACACUCGAAUGGAACAGAUUUACCAAUUUAUCCCAGCUUUCAAAGUUGACAUCCUUACAUUCCCUCGAGAUACUCAAACUCAAGGGAAAUCGUAUUUUUGAAAUCACAAAUAAUGCGGACAAAGACAACACUGCAGAUGACAAACCACUGGUGUUUGGGUCCAAACUUCAAUAUCUCGAUUUGUCGUACAACGAAAUCAAUACCUGGGAGUUUGUCGAUGAUUUGGCGACUACUUUCCCGGGUCUAACGGCCUUACGACUUUCCCACAACCCUAUCUAUGCCAGUACUCAUGAAAGCAAAGUGGCCACAAGUUUGGAGGAAGCAUCGCUGAUCACAACCGCUCGUUUGAAAUCACUCACGAAAUUAGACUUUGAAACCAUCACUCCUGAGCGCCGAAAUGAUGCUGAGGGAUACUACAUGUCUCUCAUUGGUAAGGCUCUGGCAGCCGUUCCAGAAGAAGAGGAAGGAAAGGUCAUUGCCAAACAUAAACGUUAUCAUGAGCUAUGCAAAAUCCAUGGUCCCCCAGCCUACGUGCGCAGGAGCGCCGACACGGUCAAUCCCGAUUUUCUUGAAGCUCGCUUAAUCAAUUUCGAGUUUUACCUCGUAGAUGGCCCGCCCUUCAGCAAACAGCGAGAGAUACCAAAGUCAUAUGACGUUUACCGUGUCAAGGGGAUUGUUGCUACCAUGUUCAACUUGAAGCCCCUCAAACUCAAACUGACGUGGGAGACUGGAAUAUGGGACCCAGUUGCAGGUUACGAAGAGGACGAAGAGAGCAGUGAUGCGGAGGAUAUAGAAGAGGAGAAACAAGAUAUUCCGCCUAAGACAGACGACCACAAGAAAGGACGGUGGAUGAAGAGGGAAGUGGAAAUUGAGAAUUCAACUCGUCAAAUCGGUGUCUGCGUUGAUGGAAAUGAGGCCAAAGUUAGGGUUGAGUUGUUGAAGUGAGGUGGUUGCAUACUAACCAGUUGCAAAUAUAAUUACUUGUGGACUUUUUUGGUUUGCAAUUGUAUGUCUGGAACAUCUCCCUUCAUGGUGACCCACUUUGAGGUGACUGGCUCUUGUUUGCGGGGGUUUGAUAGAGCAUAUUUGUUAGAUUCCCGGAUUUACUGGCACAAUCCGGGAGUAGCUAAUUAUUUAGAUUGCCAUCGAUACCAAAC